AUGCACACCAGAACCAACAUUUUACUUGCAGUUGGCCUCACCGUCUUCGCUGGUCUUGCUGCAGCUCAAACGACGACCAAUGUCACUGCAGCCAUUCAAGAACAAUAUGCACUGUUGGGCACAGACAAUGCACACCCAUAUGUGAUACCUUAUUGUGAAGCCCCACCAAUCAAUAUUUCUCUAGCGGAUGCAGGCUUCUUCCCUCGUAAUGAUACUGACAUGUCUACCGACUUUAUGGUAAUCAAUGUCACUACUCCUAUUGACUUGACACCUUACGAUAAUGCUCGUGGUAUCAUGAUUGUUGACUACCAGUUGCCUGCUGGUGUCAGUGAAGCUAGUGCCAACAUGUCUGUUACUCAAGUGUUGUUUACUGCAAAGGACGCCAUGACGUACGACAGCCAACUGGUAAACAGCUCCAUCACCAUGCAAGUCGCAUUCACAGUCAUCUCAGCGUCCAACGCCACUGCUGCAGGUGGUAGCCCAUCCAAAUACACAGUGUUGGGUUCUCCCUCCAUCCGAGCUCCAGUUCCAGACGGUACAAACACCACUUUGACUGCUGCUGAUGCUGGAGAAUUUGUGGUCGAAUUGGGAUUGUUGGUUAUGCACAACCCCACUUUUGAUGCUACCAAGGUCUUCUUCACUGAUAUGGUCUUGCGUUGUCUACCAGCUCCAUCUGUGGCUGAUUUGGUUUCUCAAAACAUUACCUUCUACUCCAACGAGACUAGCCCCGGAGUCUGGCAGAACGGUACCACUGCUGGGAACUAG